CAGCCGCCCGCGGCUCCUUGGCGGUGCCCGGGGUGUUGGUGAUUUCAGCCUCAUUUAGGGGAUUAGUUCCCAGGAAGUAGGGGCACGAGGGGCUUGCUGGAUUUGCUCUGUUUUCACCCUGCGAAGUACAGCUUUAACCUAAUAUAGUUUUUGCCUCUUUCCCAUUCCUCCACUCCUGUAGGAGAGGACGAAUUGAGAGUUACAUUAGCACUCACCUACUCCCCCUUUUCUCUUUUCCACCCCCAGAAAUCUCCCUUGGCCCCUGAGACAUUAGCUAGACGUUGCCCGUGUAGUAGUAGGAGGACGUUGUCCUCAUCACCCCCUGCUUGCUUUGGGCGCUGCAGCAGUGCCUUUCCAUCCUUUGGAUUGCAGAGCAGGGAGGUGUCCAGAAGACUUCAGUGCCACCCGCUUUGGGUAGUAGGGGAUCUGGGGAAAGGGGAACAGACCAGGACACGCGACCUUGCGGAGGGAGCCGGAAUYGAGGCAGCACUGACUUGGCACCCUAAAAGAGGCAUCCGCCUGUGGCAUCUUUUUGUUUUGCAGCCCUUCACCAAAUUUCUGAAGUUCCACUGAAAGGAAACGUUGAAGAUUGCAAGACAAGUCCAAGAUGUGCAGUUCAGUUGCUCCCAGGCUGUGGUUCUUAACAGACCGUCGCAUCAGAGAAGAUUACCCUCAGCAGGAGAUCCUGAGAGCACUGAAAGCCAAAUGCUGUGAAGAGGAACUGGAUUUUCGGGCCUUGCUGAUGGAUGAAGUGGUGCUGACCAUUGAGGAUGGAAAUCUUGGUCUCCGGGUGAAUGGGGAGCUUGUUACUGCUUACCCACAGGUGGUGGUUGUGCGUGUGCCAACGCCCUGGGUCCAGAGUGACAGCGACAUCACAGUCCUUCGCCACCUAGAGAAGAUGGGCUGCCGGCUGAUGAAUCGCCCCCAAGCCAUCCUCAACUGUGUCAACAAGUUCUGGACUUUCCAAGAGCUUGCUGGUCAUGGCGUGCCUCUUCCAGACACAUUCUCAUAUGGUGGUCAUGAGAAUUUUGCCAAAAUGAUUGAUGAGGCGGAAGUGCUGGAGUUUCCUAUGGUGGUGAAGAACACACGGGGUCACCGAGGCAAAGCUGUGUUCCUGGCCCGAGAUAAGCACCAUUUGGCAGACCUGAGCCACUUGAUCCGCCACGAUGCCCCUUAUUUAUUUCAAAAAUACGUUAAGGAGUCCCACGGCAAGGAUGUUCGUGUGAUCGUGGUCGGAGGCCGCGUGGUGGGCACCAUGCUCCGCUGCUCGACAGAUGGGAGGAUGCAAAGUAACUGCUCGCUUGGUGGUGUAGGUAUGAUGUGCUCCCUGAGCGAGCAAGGCAAACAGUUGGCAGUGCAGGUGUCAAACAUCUUGGGGAUGGACGUGUGCGGCAUCGACCUGCUGAUGAAGGACGACGGUUCGUUCUACGUCUGCGAGGCCAAUGCGAACGUAGGUUUCAUUGCCUUUGACAAGGCUUGUAAUUUAGAUGUAGCUGGUAUCAUAGCGGACUAUGCCGCUUCCCUGCUGGCCCCCGGCCGCUUGACGCGGCGCAUGUCCCUGCUCUCCGUGGUGUCCACGGCGAGCGAGACUAGCGAGCCAGAGCUGGGCCCUCCGGCUAGUGCCGCUGUCGACAAUAUGAGUGCUAGCUCCAGCUCUGUCGACAGCGACCCUGAGACCACGGAGAGAGAGUUGCUCACCAAGCUCCCGGGGGCUCUGUUCAACAUGAACCAGCUAUUAGCCAAUGAGAUCAAACUGCUCGUGGAGUGAUGCCACAUGUAAAUAGGCGACCGACAAAACUCCCUCUUGUAAAUCUUUUUUUUAUUUUUAUUUUUAUUUUUAUUUUUAAUAUUUUUUUUUUAAUUUUUACUUUUUUAACCAACUUGCAAUGCUGUUUAUCAGUGAAGCUCAGAGAAAUGGAGGGGGGGGGGGCUUUCAAUCAAGGGAGCAAGAUUAAAAGGCAUGUAUUCUGUGACUGCCCCUACUUUAUUGUUUUGUAUAAAAUUGUUCUAAUUCUUCAGCAUCAGUAUUUUUUUUUAUUGGAGAUGCUCUGUUCAUAACCUGAAUGGGAAUUUUAUUUUGAAGCUGCUUUGGCCCCCAAAUACAGUGCAGUGCAUGUGCAUUCACAGGAAAGCAUUGAGGUAUGAUUCCCACAAGAUUUUUAGAAAGCUCUGUGGCAGCUGUCUAGAAAAUUCUGUGAAUUAAGGCACUAUUUAAGCCUCUCUAUCUCUUCAAGGCUUGAUCCUGUAAGUUGUUGAGUGCCUCCUAAUUUCAGAAAGAGUUCAAAGUGCUCAAUACCAGUUGUUUUGAGGUUCUGGACCCCUAGUCUCACUGUAGUAAGUGGGAGAUGCAAGUUCAGCAUCAUUCAAAAGACAACUUCUGGAGUCAUCCCUUUUUUGGCUUUCUGGGAUAUGGCCCCACAAAUCGUGAGGCAGAGAGAAGUGGCAGCUCUGCAGUACUUCGGCUUUCAGUACAAUUUGUAACUUCUGCAAUCUUGGUAUCAGUUGGAAGCUUUGUGUCCGUAUUUUGUUGAUAAGGCUUUUGAUGGAGGAAUUUUAAUAUUUGUGUUUUUCUCAUUUCAAAUCCUGACUUUGGAAGUUAUGUAGGGGAAUUGGUCAUAUUCCGUUUGUGAUGGAAGUGGCACAUUUUGACUUUUUUU